GAAAAGUUUUCAUCUGGGGCUUAUUUCCCUCACCAAGGCAAAUUACAACGACAGAGUUCCCAAGUCACGAUAUUCCCACACUGUUUUACCGUACAUCGUCUCCAAGUUCAAACCCAAGCAGUAGGCGGCCUGAAAAGACUGGUAGCACGCUCUUCCAUUACUCCGCGGUCGAAGUAUGGCCCAAACUGCAGAUCCUCCCCUGCCGGCGCUGCAGGCGGGCGAUGUUAAGUCGCCUCCGACCGAGAACGUGGACCAUGAGUCUUCGGACCUGGGCCAGCGCGAGAAUGGCACUUCAGCCGCGGACGACUACGAUACGGAAAGAGUCGAGAAAGUCUACCGAAAGCUGGACCGCCGUAUCAUCUCAGCAUUCUGGAUUCUGUACUUCCUCUGCUCCGCCAUUCGCUCCAACAUCGGCAUUGCCCAGACCAUGAACGCGGCCCAGGGGCACGACCUGAUGACGGUCUUGAAACUCACCCCUCGCGACACCUCAACCGCCCUCUCUCUUUUCUACGUGGCAUAUGUUAUCUUUGACUGCCCUUCAAACUUGGUCAUGAGCAAGCUCAGCCCGAGUGCCUGGAUGGCUCGCAUAGUGAUCGCCGUCGGCGUCAUCGGCGCCUGCUUCGCCGCCGUCCAGGAUGCCUGGAGCGUUCAGCUUCUGCGCUUCCUCCUCGGCGUUGUCAUCGCAGGAAUGUGGCCCGGCAUGGCCUACUACCUCACCCUCUUCUACCCGCCUUCGAGGACUGGCAAGCGCAUUGGCCAGUAUUUCACGGCGGCCCAGGUCUCGGCCGCUGUCGUUGGCCUCGUCUCGGCCGGAUUCCAACAGAUGGAUGGGCUGGGUGGCCUUGUCGGAUUUCGGUGGAUGUUCCUCCUCUACGGCCUCUCAGCUGUGGUCCUGGGCAUCACUCUUUUGUGGUGGCUGCCUGAGCGCCCGCUGCCCCCCGGUGAGAAGCGAGUCCGCAGCCGCUGGAGCAGAUGGCUGCCUUUGGCCCCCGAGGCCCUGAAGGGCGAGGACGCCGUGGUCCACUACCAGGAGCUGAAGCGCGUGUACCACGCCCGGCCCUGGAAUAUGAAAGACCUGGGAUACGUCCUGAUUGACUGGCGCCUCUGGCCCCUGGUCAUGAUGUACUUUGGCGUCGUCGGUGUGGGCAUCGGCACCCAGCUCUAUGGCACCGUCAUCAUCUCAGGCAUCAACCCCGCCUUCACGGGCGUCCAGCUCAGCCUCCUGUUUGCUCCCAUCUGGAUCAUGGACCUGAUCGCCAUUCUCCUCGUGACGCCCAUCUCGGACAGGUUCCACCACCUCCGCCCCUUCUUCUUCUCCGCCGCAACGGCGAUCCAGAUCGCCGGCCUGCUGGUCGUGACCUUUGCGCCGCUGUCCAACCCCUGGGCCCGGUACGGCGGCCUCCUCCUGGUCGGCUUCGGCCUAGGCCCCACGGUCCCCAUCUGCAUGACCUGGACCAACGAGAUCUUCCAGCGGCGCCACGGCGAGGUCGGCGUGGCCGCCGCCUCGGCCCUGGUUUCGGGCCUGGGCAACCUGGGCAGCAUCACCACCACCUACGCGCUCUACACCGGCUGGCCCGAGGACGCCGCGCCUGGCCCUCACCGCUACCGCAAGAGCAACCUCGUCAUGAUCGCCAUCCUGGUCGUCAGCAUCGCCAGCAGCUUCCUGAUGAAGCUCCUUCUCCACAUGUUUGGCAACGAGCCGAGCCACAGGAUCGCCAACAGCGACGGCGGCGGCGAGGUGCAGGACGGCGCGGCCAGGCGCGAGCUCCAGCCGCGCGGCUUCGGGCGCAUGUGGUGGAGCAAGCGAUCCUAAGUGUCUCACUACGCAGGGCCUCUAGACCUGGGAGCAUCCAACAUGCUAUCCUAGCCGACGAUGCAGACCUUGCCAUCUUUUUCUGAGCAGCUCAACCCGCCAUCUGAAAAUCUACCAUCCGGUGUUGGGCGGUCAUCCUAUUCUUCUUCACCUUCUUUAUCUACCAUCUUAUCUCUCCAUCUUCAUUACCGGUAUCCUUCGUCAACCAUCACCCCCCUACUCUCAGCUCGGUGUGCCGAUCAUCCGAGGAUGAGCCAUCGCUACGCCCCUCAGCAGUUGGCCCCUUCCCGACGGCGACAGUGCCGGUACGCCAUCGCCGGGAUCCAGCAUCCAAGGCCAAGAGACGGCGGCCUCGCAGUCGACAAUGCUAGCGCGCUAUCGCCUCGGGCCGCCUAUUGGUCGUGUUUCGUCUUUACUAUUUUCUUUUUUCAUGUCUUUGGCUUUAUGAUACCCCAUCCGUGUUUGGAUACGCUGUCUUUCGAGGUUUCUUCGCCCACUCGACAGCGAAAGUGCUCCUACGCCAUUGCUGGGACGGCGUGUUUGUACCGAGGCCGGCACCACCGCGCGACAAUGCUACUACGCUAUCGCCGGGUCGGCCUCGUGGGAAAACGUCACCCCUUUCAGUCAGCUUUUGGAAAGUGAAGAAACUUGGAGUUGUAUAAACAAAUUCUUGAUGCUAUUGUCAUCAAGGAAGGAGACUCUUGAGUGGCCGUCCAUCUUUCUUUACACGGACGGCUUCUUUGGUGUGGACUGCUAGAGAAAGACAACAUUCCGGGACACCAGCAUUGUGGCUGAAUGUCCUUUCGGGAUCCAACGCAAUCCGACCCGUUACUCCUCGCUCUGCUCGCCCGUGCUUUACUCAUGUACAACACCCGUUCCUGCUUUGCUGCUGUUGACCAGUCCUACAUCAAGAUUGCCAGAGCGACGCCCAGAGUCCAGGGUCCCAACAGCGUGCCGCUCACCGGAUUCGCGGCACCCGACGGUACCAUGCGCGAUAGCUCGUCAGCGAGGUGCUCCGGGUCCAUCGGGUGAAGCAGCAUGACGCAGGGGUUGUCGGUGGCGCUCCCCAGCACCACGUAGGACCGCGCGACGCGGUCGGCCGGCUCGACGUCUUCCAUGCGCGGGCAGUUGCCGCUCUCGAGCCCGGCCGGGACGACUGGCAGGGUCGGCUCGCCGUCCGGGCUACUGCCGUGGCUUCCGCCGCCGCCGUCGUGCCCCGGUGAGAAGGCCAGGGCCCAGGAGGCCUCGACGGUGUCGCCGGUGACGCACGAGCCGGGCGUGGGGUCGGGCGGGGCGCGGACGAAGCGGACGAUGGCGCAUUGGUGGUACGAGUGGGUGUCGUUGAUGUGCUGGUGGACCUGCACGACGGAGCUGAGGUCGAGCAGCGGCUCCUGCCCGAUGACGCGCGUGAUGCAGCACUCGCCCGCGCCCGUCUGGUUGACUAGCGGCGCGAUGGCCUGCCAGCCCUGCUUGACGACGUUGAUCUGGGACUGGGGGACGACGCGGAACUCCCACUGCGCGAAAAAAAAAAAAAAAAGGGUAGCACGGUUUUGUUGGUCAGUGAGGUCGUGUUGUUUGUCGGUAUCCGAUUUUGUUUGGGAGGUGCGGAUGGUGUGUACUUUGUACGUCCGAGGUGAGGAAAAACGGUAGCCAUGUGUGCGUGUGUGUGUGUGUGUGUGUGUGUGU